UAGUCAGAAGUUCAUUAAUUGUUUGAUACAUUAUUAGUAGGUUAAGUUAUUUUGUAGGUACUUAUACUAUUUAACAUUUUGGUUUGUUUUGAUUUAGAUACUUUUAAUAAAUAUAAAUAAUGAAUGUAACAAAAUAUUCAGUUGUGCAUUUUUAUGAUGAUAACACAGUCGAGGCUGUACCUAAAUUUUGGUUUCGCAAAAACAAUGGUACAUGUGCAUGGCCAAAAAAUACAAAAAAUUUUCAUAAACUUGUUGAAAAACACUGUAUUCCAAAUGAAAUGGAGUAUAAUUUCCUAGAAGCUCGAGAGAUGUGUUCAGGAAUAGAAUCCCUGAUAAAAGCUAGAGAGAAAGCAAAAAAAGCAAUGUUUGUUUCUGACUUUUCUGAUGAUGAUGAUAAAGCUAAUCGAAAGUUCAAGCAUAAGAAAAACCCAUAUUCAACAGCAACUUUAAGUUCAUGUCCAAUUUAUUUAGGUUCUGAAAUUAUUGAAAAUAAUACAACAAUUAAUACCUUAACCAAACCAAACACUAAAAUGAUUAAUCAUGAUGCACAAUAUCAGUCACCUUCUCCAAAAAAAUAAGUAGUAAGAAAACUGUCUUAUUAUGAUAAAAGUCCUAAGCCAACAUCUAUUAAAAAAACAGUAAAACAAUUGACAAUUUUCGAUAAACUAUUAUCAGAUGGAGACGAGAACAUGACUGUAGAUGGCGCAGAUGGCAAAAAUAAAUACUCCUAUUUCAUCAUCAAAAGCAGAAAUUAUUAACUCUUCAGUGACUGAUAUGAGUCAAGAUAAAAGUUCACAAAAAAUGCUAAAAGCCGUAUUGAGAAAUAUUAUAUACUUACAAACUGAUAUAAAACAUAUUGAAAUAAAGCAAAAUGAAAUAUUAAAUAAAUUGGAAUCUAUUGAAUCAAAUUAUGGAAAUUUUAAGAAACAGGAUGAU